CGCUCUCAGCCUCUCAGUCAGUCUGUGCUCUGCUCUGCUCCAGACCCAGUGCGUCCGCAGCGCCGACCGCCGCCUCCGUUCAAAGUUAACGGUCGGUCACUUAGCUUGGCACUGAAGGCGACACUGCACCGAGACGGUUUCAACACAGAUAACGACGGAGCGGCGACAAAAAAAGGCAGGCAGUUAGUGCAUAAGCAGGCACCAUGUCCUCCCCCACAAACCCAGAGGUGAAGGAACUGAACCCUGUCGACUUUAUCCAGCUACAGCAGUACAUUGAAUACUGCAGCCUGAAGGUGAAAGAUGUGCUGAGGGAAUUUGAUGCAGAUGGCAGUCUGGCCCAGCACAGACAUGGAGAGUGCAUCAAUGAAGAAGGCUUUCGUCUGUUCCUGAAGACUUAUUUAGAAGUAGAGGACUUCCCCAUGGAUCUCUGCCAGCGACUCUUCCUCUCCUUCCAAAACUCUAAACCCACCCAGGAAGACAGUGCCAAGGAGGUCUUUCUGAAGGAUGUUUCAUGUUACUUCUCUCUGCUGGAAGAUGGCCAGCCCCGGGACAAGCUGGAGUUUGCUUUCAAGCUCUAUGACAGAGAUGGCAAUGGAGUCCUUGACAGCUCUGAAGUGGAUAGGAUUAUAGCUCAGAUGAUGCAUGCUGCUGAAUAUCUCGGCUGGGACGUGUCAGAGCUCCAGCCAGUUUUAAAGGACAUGAUGACAGCAAUUGAUGCUGACAGCAGCGGUACGGUGUCUCUAGAUGAAUGGGUGGAUGGGGGAAUGAACAACGUUCCCCUGCUCGUCUUGCUUGGUCUAAAGAUGACCCAGAAGGAUGGGCAACAUGUUUGGAGGAUGAAAAAUUUCAACAAGCCUGUUUACUGUAAUGUGUGCCAGAGUAUGCUGCUGGGUCUGAGGAAACAGGGCCUGUGCUGCACCUGCUGUAAAUACACAGUCCAUGGACGCUGUGCCAACAGAAACCCAGCCCCCUGCACCAGGACUUACGUUAAGUCAAAGAAAGAAACGGGGGUCCCAACGCACGACUGGGUGAGUGGGAACUGCGAUGCCAGGAAGUGCGAUAAGUGCCAGAAAAAGAUCAAGAGCUACCAAGGCUUAACAGGCAAACACUGUGUGUGGUGCCACACUAUGCGACAUGAUGAAUGUGCAGGCCAAGAACCAACAGAGUGUACCUGUGGGCCGCUCAAAGAUCAUAUCCUGCCUCCAUGGGCAAUAUAUCCCGUAAUAAAGGAAAGACCAAAUAAUGUAAAGAAUGGCUGCUCAGUUUCAACAGAUGACAGUGAACUCAAUACUACCCCUGACGGACAAGUACUUCAGAUCAGCCCUGUGCCAAACACCCACCCUCUUCUAGUGUUUGUUAAUCCUAAAAGUGGAGGCAAGCAGGGAGAAAGAGUCCUGCGAAAAUUUCAGUAUUUACUGAAUCCACGGCAGGUAUACAACCUUGUAAAUGGAGGACCGGGACCAGGUCUGAGUUUCUUCAGAAAUCUGCAGAACUACAGGAUUUUAGUGUGCGGGGGAGAUGGCACAGUUGGAUGGAUUUUAGAUGCAAUAGACAAAGCUAAUUUGUUAGUGCGGCCACCUGUUGCUGUACUUCCUCUGGGCACAGGAAAUGACCUUGCACGAUGUCUCCGAUGGGGAGGAGGAUAUGAUGGCGAGGACUUAAGUCGUAUUCUUAAAGACAUUGAGGGGAGCUCUGAGGUGUUCAUGGACCGCUGGAGUGUUCAAGUUAUCACUGACGAAAAUCAGGAGGAGGGUGAUCCAGUGCCAUAUGAAAUAAUUAACAACUACUUCUCUAUUGGAGUUGAUGCCUCCAUUGCCCAUCGUUUUCACACAAUGAGGGAGAAACAUCCUCAGAAAUUCAACAGCAGAAUGAAGAACAAGCUGUGGUAUUUUGAAUUUGCUACUUCAGAAACCAUUUCUGCUUCUUGCAAAAAACUCAACGAAAGUCUCACAAUUGAGUGUUGUGGAACUCCACUCGAUCUCAGUGGCCUGUCUUUGGAAGGGGUAGCAGUUCUAAACAUUCCCAGCAUGCACGGUGGUUCCAACCUUUGGGGUGAGACCAAAAAAGGGGACACUAAAGGAGGGAUGAGUCAGGAUGAGUCUGAAGUCAUCAUCGACCCAGAAAUCCUAAAAGUGACCUCUCAAGAUCUAAGUGACCGUCGAUUAGAAGUGGUUGGCCUUGAAGGAGCCAUGGAGAUGGGACAGAUAUACACUGGUUUAAAGAGUGCAGUGAGACUAGCAAAAACGUCACAGCUCACAAUCAGGACAAAGAAGGCGUUACCAAUGCAAAUAGAUGGAGAGCCAUGGAUGCAGCCUCCAUGCACGAUCCACAUCACACACAAGAAUCAGGCCAGUAUGCUGAUGGCUCCUCAGGCCAAAUCAUCUGGUUUUUUCAACUACAAAUAAAAACUGACACCUGAGUAUCAGUCAUAUGUACUUGCUUAAUGUAUAUAAAUUAUUUUUUUUUAAUAUAAGAUCAAGUUGAAUGUUUAUGUUGUAGAAUAUUUACAUUACAACAGUUAAAGUAAGCAUAUAUGCUUCAAGGUUUCAGCAUCCCUGUAACACAUAACCGAAGCAUGGCACUGUAUAAAUACAAACUGUAUGGUAAGAUAUGUUUGCAUUGUGGCAAAAUAAUUUUGACCAAAAUUACUUUUAUCAGUACUCAAUACUUUUACUGCAUCUGUCUCAGUGCUUUUCAGUUAGUGGAAAUGCUGCUCUGUAGAAACUCCAGAUAAGGAUAAAGUAAAGUUAAUAUCAUGCUAAAAGAAGAAUCUUUAGCUUCAUGUGCCUUUACAAUCUGUUCUCUCUGGUUGUGGCUUCAGUAGAAGAUUUACAGAGCGUUAUGUAGACGUACUGUCUGGUCACAAACCAUGUAGUAUUGUUGUGUUGUUGUGACUGUAAAGAUGCAGAUAUACAAUAUAUUCUUGUCAAUUUGGAACCAAGAGUGAAGGAUAAUUGAGAUUAAAUCUCAGAUAGUGGUUUAACUUAUUUGCUUUUUUUCGUACAUUUUAGAAGAUACUUGAAAGUGUUUCUGGGAACAUUAGGAGGACAAUCAUUGCCAAAGUGGCUGCAUGCUGAUCCGUUAAAGAGGAUCUGCUGUUCUUGUUUCUGUGUAAAGGCAGAAAGCCUCUGCUGUACUUUGAUAGUCUAGAUACGCCACUUUUAACUUAUAAAGAUUGAUGACUUCAGCUUUAAGUAAGACCAUUUUUAUUAUGUAGUCCUUAUUUAAAUGCUUUAUCAGCCAAUGUUAUCAGCCAAUGUUAUUGGAGAAUGUUAUGGUAAUGCCUAAUAUAACACUGUGUAAAGAUUUGAAUAAAUCAUCUGGACUGAA